GCGCGGGAAGAUGGCUGAGCAGGUGCCGAAGUCUGUGCUCUUCGUGUGUCUGGGUAACAUCUGUCGGUCACCCAUUGCAGAAGCAGUUUUCAGAAAACUUGUAACUGAUCAAAAGCUUUCAGAUCAUUGGGUCAUUGACAGCGGCGCUGUUUCUGACUGGAAUGCGGGCCGGUCACCAGAUCCAAGAGCUCUGAGCUGCCUCAGAAACCAUGGCAUUAACACAGCCCAUAGAGCAAGACAGGUUACCAAGGAAGACUUUGCCACAUUUGAUUAUAUACUGUGUAUGGAUGAAAGCAAUCUGAGAGACUUGAAUAGAAAAAGUAAUCAAAUUAAAAACUGCAAAGCUAAAAUUGAACUACUCGGGAGCUAUGAUCCACAAAAUCAGCUCAUUAUUGAAGACCCCUAUUAUGGGAAUGAGUCCGACUUUGAGAGUGUCUACCAGCAGUGUGUGAGGUGCUGCAGAGCCUUCCUGGAGAAGGCCCGCUAAUGCCACGCCCGUUCUCCCCACAGCCCCCGGCUGGG